CCACAGUAACGCCAUUUGCUUUUAGGAUCACGCAUGUAGCACACAAAGACUGGGGCGAAGCUGUGCAGUAUUAUUUUAUUAGGUACUGUUAUCUUUCUUUGCUGUAAUGGCCAUGCAAGCAGAGAGGCUUGGGCAUGCACUAAAGAUGGGUAGUGGAGGAGUACGGACUGUGAAAAGGGGGGCUGAGGGCGAUAUGGAAGCUAUUGCUUGUCCUGUUGGAAAAGUGAAACCUAUUUCUUCUGUUUUAUCUACACUGUUGGGAGAAUGAGCUCAUCUUUUUGAGAAACGGAAUUUAUUUCUUAUCUUUGCUGUAUAAAUACGCUGCCGCACUGGAGUUUGAGAGCGUCAGCAGACCAGAACCUUUGUUUACCAUGCAGCAGAACCCCUGUGAUAUAUUGGAUUUGUGGACAAUGGGCGAGAAAGCAGUUAUCACCCCUCUGGAAUGGGAUCUGUAUUUUUAUUAACCAAACAUGUUGUUGUUAUUUUAAUCAGAGCAGAAUGAUCAAACUGGAUUAACAAGAACUCAGAGACUUAGCUAGUGAAAUACAUAUGAAACCAGACCCGGAUUGGAACUUGUGGGAUUGGUCAACAGGAUGGUUACCCAGCAUUUCCUGGAUAAAGGGAUUGUUUACUCCUUUCGUUGUAGGAAUAGGAAUUUGUGUAAUAAUGUGUUGCUGCUUACAAUGUUUUCCUGUAAUAACCACAUGUGCUAGGGAUGUGUGCCACGCUACUAGAGUAGGAAACCCCACAGACUGAGGAUCAGUUCAUACAAGCCCUCGAUAUGCAAACUCUAUAUUAAAGAAUUAAUAUGUACAAAGAAAGAGGAGGGAAUUGGUGUAGGCCUGAACCAGACCGAAGCCAUGUUACCUUUGAUAUAUUCUGUCUGUGUAAGGGGGGCCUAGGGGAUUCCUUAUGUUGCUUUUCUGUACCAAGGAGGGCCAGGAGAGACUAGAUAAGGGGUGAUGAGGUAUUCACCUAAAAGAGUACAUGCACAGAAGUUAGCUGGAAAUUUACUGAAAGUCCAGACAAAGGAAAGGGGCAGUAUCUCCUAGGUUAUAAAUAUGUCAUGCUUGUGAAUGAACGGGUUCUUGGAUUUGAGCGAGAGCUAUCCAUGACCGUUGCUACUAUAGAGCAAAUAAAGCCUUUUAUAAUCCUUCUCGGCUGGUGAAGUAUUUGGCUACUGACCCAGAAAAGAACCUCUCUUUGUUGGGGUACAACAUAAGAACUGCUAAUAGGAGAGAGCGAGAGAGAGAGAGAGAGAGAUGUCCAUCAGCAGAUUACCAAGAAGGGCAACACCCUUUGGCUAGCAGAAAAGGGAGGAAAUGAAAGUAAAACCUGGGAUGUUUUCAGUCAGUGUGAGGCAGCCAUGGCAGCUGCGGGUGCGGUCAAGGAUCUCUGCGAGGAAGCUACUUGCUCCGUCUGCCUGGAGUAUUUCAAGGACCCCGUGACCAUUGUGGAGUGUGGGCACAAUUUCUGCCGAGCCUGCCUGACCCAGUGCUGGAGAGAGGCAAAGGCUUCCUGCCCUCAGUGCAGAAGAAUCGUGCAGCAAAGGAGCUUCAUCCCAAAUCGGCAACUGAAAAGUGUUGUAGAGAUAGCCAAGAAGUUAAGUCUUCAGGGAAGAAAAAGGAAAAGAGGAAAGGAGGGAGUCUGUGAGAAACACCAAGAGCCCCUGAAACUCUUCUGCAAAGACCAUGAAAGCUGCAUCUGUGUGGUGUGCGACAAAGGCAAGGAACACAGAAACCACAAGGUGAUUCCUCUGGAGGAGGCUUACGAAGAGUACAAGGAUCAGAUGUGCAGCCUUCUAAAGACUUUGAGGAAGAAAGAGGAAAAAAUGCUGACGUAUAAAGCAGACGUAGAAAAGGAAAGCCAGACUCUGCUUGAGCAAACCAAAGCAGACAAGCAGAAGAGGAGGGCUGAGUUCAGACAACUGCACCAGUUUCUGGAAGAGCAAGAGAAACUUUUGCUGGCCCAGAUGGAAGAGCUGGAGAAGGAGAUUGCGAUCAAAAGGGAGGAGCACCUGGCCACACUCUCCAAGGAGCUCUCGUCCUUGGCAAGUUUCAUUCAAGAGAUGGAGGAGAAAUGUCAGCAGCCAGCGAGUGAACUUCUGCAGGAUGUUAGAAGGACCUUGGAGAGGUGUGAGAAGGAGGAGAUCUUUGAGGAGCCAGUGGCUUUUCCUCCUGCCCAGAAGUGGAGGAUCUGGGACUUAUCUGACAUCAACGCCUUUCUGGAGGGUGUCAUGAAGCAGUUCAAAGACACUCUGGUAUCUGGACUUCCACUACAGAAAGCUAACGUCGUUUUGGAUCGAGACACAGCACAUCCCUGGCUCAUCAUGUCCGAGGAUCGUAAAAGCCUGGCACUUGGAGACAAAUAUCAAGCUCUGCCCAUGACUACUCAGAGAUUCGACUACUGUCCUUGUGUGCUAGGAUGUGAGGGAUUCACAGCAGGCAGACAUUCCUGGGAAGUGGCUGUGAGAGGUGAAGGAAACUGGGCUGUGGGGGUUGCCAGAAAGUCUGUGAAGAGAAAGGGCCAUUUCAGAUUAGGUCCUGAGGAAGGGAUCUGGGCUGUAGGGAAAUUGGCAGGUCAAUACAGGGCUCUCACCUCCCCUCUAGGCCCUCCUCUAUCCCUGUGUGGGGCGUUGAAGAAGGUCCGAGUGUCUCUGGAUUGUGAUGUGCCGCAACUGACGUUUUCCGAUGCGGAUACAGCAGCCCCACUCUACACUUUCUCAGGAGCCUCCUUCACCAGAGGGACCGUUUGCCCCUUCUUUCUUGUGUAUGGAAAUAGUUCGUUCCUCACCCUCUCCCUCUGAGGUAGCCACAUGAUCUUCCUCACAGGCCCAGCUAGUUUCGUUCUCCAGACCAGGGCAAAUAAGAAGAAAUCAAAGCUUUCUAGACCAGGAGUCCCUUUUCUGGCUUCCUCUCUCUUCAAUCAAAGCUGAAAAAAGUCUGAUUUUCUCCCUCCCUUAUCUAGAGUCCCCCCUUUCCUUAGAAACUAUUUCUUAAAGACACCGUAGUUCAUUAAUGGUUGUAAACAUCACAGUUUAACUGCAUGGUGGAAGAAAAGAGGGGUACAGUGUGCAGACUCCAGCCAUGACCUCCUGUGUCAACAUCAGAUGUAGGGUGUGUGGCCAGGAAGAGGGGCCUCUUGGCCUCCCUGCCAAUCCUUCCCAGGAGAGUGGGGGGUGUCUCCUGCUCCCAGCUGGUGAGCGCUUUGUUCACCGGCUGGCUGCAGAAACAUGACAAGGGAGGCGGUGUGGGAAGGGAGAAGGCGCACUGUGGCAGCCCCAGUCUCUGGCCACCCAGGAACAUGUUAUUUUAUUUAUUUAUUCAAUUUAUAUACAGCCUUUCCUAAAGUGGCUCAGGGCAACUUUAAAUCAAAAACACAUAAUAAAACAAUUUUUUUUGAAAAAAAAGCAUUUAAACCAUAUUAAAAUUAAAAUUAGAUAUUAAAAGCCAGGCAUAAAAGAUUUGUCCCUCAUUGUCCAAUGGUGUCCCCCCCCCCCGAUAUUAUCCCUCAAGUGACACCCCAGUCAUGAGUCUAGCCUAAUGCUUUCUUUUUGCGCCAGAAAGCAUCAAGCACUCUGCUCCCAGAACAAUAAUUAACAAUAGAUUGACUUUUUAUCACCAAAGAUUUUAUGUUACGUGUACAUGUUGCAAAGGACAUGAAAGAGAGAUUUCCGAGAGAGUCUGAUCUGCCCGCUCUGGAUGUGGUUAUGUGCCCUCCAAAAGAACAGCUACGUAGUUGGGGAGAACUCCUGGACCCAAAGCUCUCUCUGGUUCUUCAGAAUGAGGCAGUGGCCAGGAGUGCUUUCUGCCAGCGUCAGUUGAUGUGCCAACGAUGCCCAUUUCUGGAGGUGAACAAUCCCAAAACAGUGGGACAUAUGCUGGUAAUUUCCAGGCUAGACUUCUGUAAUGUGCUGUACGUGGGGCUGUCUUUGUAUGUAGUUUGAAAACUACAGUUGGUGGAGAAUGCAGCAGCCAGAUUUGUCUCUGGGGUGUCCCAAGGAGACCAUAUCACCCCAAUUUUGAAAGAACAGCACUGGCUGCCAAUAUGUUUCUAAGCAAAAUACCAAGUAGUGGUUAUGAGCUAUAAAACCCUGAAUGGCUUGGGUCCAGGGUAUUUCGAGUGCACAUUUGUCACAAACCCUGAUGUUGACUGAGAUCUGAUGGGCAGGCUUGGUUCCAGCUGCCAGCGGCUUGUUUGGUUGGUGGCGAUGGGAGACCAGGCCUUCUCUGUGGCUGCCCAAGAGCUUUGGAAUGUGCUCCCUGUCAAUAGAAGCUAUUGCCCUUCUCUGUCUGCCUUCAAAUCAGUUAAGAUGAACUUGUUUUCUUAGGCCUUUUGCUAGAACUGUUUUUAAGAAGUUCUUUUAUUAAAAAUUCAUAUAUUAAAAAUUA